GAGCCACAGCCCUUCAGAAGAGGAGCCUCCUCCAGGCCACCCGGGCAAUGUUGGUCACCCUCUCCCUCCUCCUGGUGCUGCCGCUCGCCCUCGCUGCCGACCCCCCCACCUGCGCCCCGCUCGCCACGGUCACCUUCGACAAUGCCACCAUCCGUGGGCUCCUGGGACACUGGGUCUACAUUGCUGGUGCCUCCAGGAACCCACCUGACCAGGCAGAGCUGAAGGAGGUGAAAUACGCUGCUUUUUCCUUCUCUCCUGGCAGCCACGAGGAUGAGUUCAAUGCCAUCGAAGUCAUGAGACUGAACGAGACGUGUGUGGAGAGGAACGCCACCAAGAUCCUCAUCUUGUGGCACAACAACACCCUGGUGCAUGUGAGUGACCAUGUGCUUUCCAUGGCCGAACUGAUCCAAAACGACAAGGACCUGCUGAUCAUGAAGCACGUCAAUGCCAACUCCCCCAGCCUGAGCUUCUCGGCACGGACGCCCAACAUAACCAAGGAGCAGCUGGAGGAGUUCAAAGCCCACCUGCACUGCCUGGGCCUCACCGAGGAGGACACGUUCUUCACCUCCGAAAAGGAGGCUUGUCCCCUGCCCAGGGAGAAGACGGGCGAAGGCGACACGGAGCCGCAGUUGGGGUGACCCCCGGGGCCAGGUUGGCUGCUCCAUCCUCAUCCUCCUCCAGCCCCUCCGUGGGGACAUCCCUGCCCGCCGGGUCCAGCUCAGCCUCAGGACUUUGUAUCAAGGCUUCUUUUGUUCCUCCUGGAUGAAACACCCAGUUUCCCCCAUUUUCAACUGGACUGAAAAUAAACCCCUAUGUUUUUUCAACUGGACUCAAAAUAAACCCCUGUGUUACAACCUCCUGCUGCAUCCUCACCGGGAGCACAGGCAGGACCUUCUCCUGGCCCCGAUACCACAUCUCCUACCCUGCUGAGGUGUGAAAAGCCCCAGACGAAACCCCACCUGGGCCAAGCGUGGCAGCAGGCAAGGAGACACUCAUCCCUCCUGCCAGCCCUGUGGUGGCACGGGACCCUCCUGGCCACCCCACCUGGUGGGUCCCCUCCAGCCACAGGGUGCUGGCACCCACCCAUCGGCCCCUGACACCAUGGGGAGACACACAAACCUGUCGACCCCCUCCCGGGUCUCCUCCACCACAAUUGGAACCAGCCAAGCUGUUUUUAGCACCCAAACAUCCCACCCUGAAUUUUCUGAAUGAAGUCCCACCAGCCUGCGCAGGGGCUACAGUGAGGUGGGGUAACAAGGGGGUGACAACGGGUGACAUCGCGCCUUCCCCAGGUGUCUCUGAGCAGGGGACGGGGGAGAAGAUGGGAAAAACCAUCACCUGGGGCCAGACCGAGGGACUCGAGGAGGCUCCGCUACCAGAGAGGAAAAGACAAACAGAAAUAAAGACAGAAAAGCCAAGAAAGCA